GAUGUUUUUGGGCCAAGCUCCUUUGGUGCUUUGUCCCCCCCCCGCCACUAGCUCUUUUGGCACCUCUCUCACUGCGCGAUGACGUCCUUCGAGCAGCUGGAUGCCGAGAUGCAGCGCUUGAAGGAGAUCUCCGGUGGAGGAUCCAGUUUGGAGCCCGUCCUGCGCGGGUUCCACGACGAGGGCUUCCAGGCUUACGUCCAGCAAUUCGCAGCUGAGCGGGCCUCCGCCUUCCAAUCCGCCUGCCCUGACGGCUCACAGCCAUUGAUUUGGACCCAGUAUCACAACGAGUACCGCGAGAUGUUUGAAUGCCACCUGCAGAAUGUUUUGCAGUCCCUCAACAUGACUGAGGAUAGCUUUCACGAGCUUUGUGGCUAUAUUCAGGAGAUCGUGGAAAAUUUGGGCGAUGACUCGGAAAACCUCUAUGGCUACAUCAAGGCGAUCACCUCGUCCGAAGACUACGAUGCCUUUUUGCAGCUCAUGUUCACGGAGGUGCAGAGACAGCAUCUGGUCCCGAUGGAAGGGCAAGUGCAAGAAAUUGACGUCGUCGUUCCUGAGGGCAUGGGUCCCGGCCAGCUUUUGCCCGUGGAUUACCUGGGUCGGCGGUACGAGCUUUACAUCCCGGAGGGCUGUGAAGCUGGAACAACCUUCCGCACGACCAUCUCAAUAGAAAGUUGACUGGGUCUUGAAAAGACCCACAGCUUGCUGGCCUCAAAAGGGAGUGGGGACGGAAAGUCGUGCUGUA